AUGAUAUAAUAGAAUAUCUAUUUUAAUAAUCUAGAAGAAUUUAUAAACUCUUCACUUUAAUCAUAUUAGGUUCUCACAAUUAGUUUGAUAGAUAAAAAAAUUAGUUCAAAAAAGGCAUCAGGAUUAGGUUAAGGUUUAGGAAAGUGCUCUAAUCUCUUAAAUUUGACACUUAAUCUAUGUCAAAAUUAAAUUGACGUUUAAGGUGCUUCAGACUUAGGUUCUGGCUUAGGAAAGUGCUCUAAUCUCUAAAAUUUGACACUUGGUCUUGAGGGAAAUUUAAUUGGUAAUGGAGAUCUAUCAGGCUUAGGUUCUGGUUUAGGAGAGUGCACUAAUCUCUAAAAUUUGUCACUUUUUCUUUAUUAGAAUUAAAUUUCUGCAAUUUGUGCAUCAAGCUUAGGUUUUGGUUUAGGAAAGUGCACUAAUCUCUAAAAUUUGAUACUUUAUCUUAUUUAAAAUUAAAUUGAUACUUAAGGUGCUUCAGACUUAGGUUAAGGUUUAGGAAAGUGCACUAAUCUCUAAAAUUUGAAACUUUAUCUUAAUGAAAAUAAAAUUGAUGAUGGAGAUCUAUCAGGCUUAGGUUCUGGUUUAGGAGAUUGCACUAAUCUCUAAAAUUUGACGCUUUAUCUUUCGAAGAAUUAAAUUUCUGCAAUUUGCGCAUCAAGCUUAGGUUCUGGUUUAGGAAAGUGCACUAAUCUAUAAAAAUUGACACUUUCUCUUGAGAAUAAUAAAAUUGAUGUUUAAGCUGCAUCAGGCUUAGGUUCUGGUUUAGGAAAGUGUACUAACCUCUCAAAAUUGACAAUUAAUCUUAUGCACAAUAAAAUUGGCAAUGGAGAUUUAUCAUGCUUAGGUUCUGGUUUAGGAAAGUGCACUAAUCUCUCAAAUUUGGAACUUAGUCUAGGCCACAAUGAAAUUGGUGAUGAAUGUGCAUCAAGCUUAGGUUCUGGAUUAGGAGAGUGCACUAAUCUUUCAAAUUUGACACUUCGUCUUGACAAUAAUUAAAUUCGUUCAGAAGGUGCAUCAGUAUUAGGUUCUGCUUUAAUAAAGUGCUCUAAUCUCUCAAAUUUGGGACUUUAUCUCAGCCGCAAUUUAAUCUGUUUACAAGGUGAAUUAGAAUUAAGUUCUAGUUUAGCAAAGUGCACUAAACUUUCAAAUUUGACAGUUGAACUUAAAAAGAAUUGUAUCAAGAAAUCAAAAUAUAUGAAAACAAAGUGGUUGAAAUCAAAAAGAUUAGUUGUCUUAAAAAUAAAUUAUAAUUGA